UUUGAUAUCUUGGAGAGGAUCGCACCCCAGUGCCGAAGUCUACACGCCCUUCCCUUCUACUUCGAGUCCCGGAGUCGGCGAACGAAGAGACAGGAAAGACGAAGGGAGAUGAUCAUCCCCGUGCGCUGCUUCACCUGCGGCAAGGUCAUUGGCAACAAAUGGGACACGUAUCUCGACCUUCUCCAGGCGGAUUACACUGAGGGGGAUGCUUUGGAUGCUCUGGGCUUGGUCCGCUAUUGCUGUAGGCGAAUGCUUAUGACUCAUGUUGACCUUAUUGAGAAGUUACUGAACUACAACACUCUCGAGAAGACUGAUAGUUAAGGAGAUGAUAUGGUGGAAAAGAGUAUGAUUCUGAUCCGGGCGUCACGUAAUUUUGUUUGAUGUGUUGGGCAUUAUGAAUAACAUUCUGUAGUGUUUUUAUUGUAUUUCAUUCUUAUGAGAAUUACAAGUAAGAUGGAUUUCUAAGUUGUCCAGAAUAUUACCUGUUGAAAGUCUUUUAAGUUUGGUUUGCAAU